GAACGCUCAGCCUCCCGGUGCAGACACGGGCUGGCCAGUUUUCAGAGGCGCCCCCAGGCAGCUCAGGCCGGCGGGUCCCGCCCUCUGACUCACUCGCUGGGCAUCCAGUAGCUCACAUCGGGGGCGACGGGCAGCAGAGACGCAGCCUCAGCAACCCUGCUAGACGUUGCCAGAUAGGGCACAGGGAGGCUCCAGGAAGUUAAGUCACUUAUCAGAGGAAGCACAGCCAACCCAGAGACAGCAUGUACACGCCUAUCCCUCAGAGCGGCUCUCCGUUCCCGGCCUCAGUGCAGGACCCUGGCCUGCAUGUGUGGAGGGUGGAAAAGCUGAAGCCGGUGCCAGUGGCCCGUGAGAACCAGGGCAUCUUCUUCUCGGGGGACUCCUACCUAGUGCUGCACAAUGGCCCGGACGAGCUCUCCCACCUGCACCUGUGGAUUGGCCAGCAGUCGUCCAGGGAUGAGCAGGGCGCCUGCGCUGUGUUGGCCGUGCACCUCAACAGCCGGCUUGGGGAGAGGCCUGUGCAGCACCGAGAGGUGCAGGGCAACGAGUCCGACCUCUUCAUGAGCUACUUCCCGAGGGGCCUCAAGUACCAGGAAGGUGGGGUGGAGUCAGCAUUUCACAAGACCUCCCCAGGGGCCACCCCAGCUGCCGUCAGGAAACUCUACCAGGUGAAGGGGAAGAAGAACAUCCGUGCCACUGAGCGAGCACUGAGCUGGGACAGCUUCAACACCGGGGACUGCUUCAUCCUGGACCUGGGCCAGAACAUCUUUGCCUGGUGUGGUGGAAAGUCCAACAUCCUGGAGCGCAACAAGGCUCGGGACCUGGCCCUGGCCAUCCGGGACAGUGAGAGGCAGGGCAAAGCCCAGGUGGAGAUCGUCACUGAUGGGGAGGAGCCUGCCGAGAUGAUCCAGGUUCUGGGCCCCAAGCCUGCUCUGAAGGAGGGCAACCCUGAGGAAGACCUCAAAGCUGACUGGACCAAUGCCCAUGUUGCGGCUCUGUAUAAGGUCUCUGAUGCCACUGGACAAAUGAACCUGACCAAGGUGGCUGACUCUAGCCCUUUUGCCCUCGAGCUGCUGAUACCUGAUGACUGUUUUGUGCUGGACAACGGGCUCUGUGGCAAGAUCUACAUCUGGAAGGGACGAAAAGCUAAUGAGAAGGAGCGGCAGGCGGCCCUCCGAGUGGCGGAAGAUUUCAUCUCCCGCAUGCGGUACGCCCCAAACACUCAGGUGGAGAUUCUGCCCCAGGGCCGCGAGAGUCUCAUCUUCAAGCAAUUCUUCAAAGACUGGAAGUGAGAGUGGGCAUCUCCCUGUGCCCACCUUCUGCCUGCUUGCUCCUCCUCCUCCUGCCUGGUCAGUUUUCAGGUGCGCCUGCUGGUGUUCAAUAAAGGAGACAAGUGCCUUCCCUACUC